GUCCCAACCCGCUCCAAUACCCAAUCCCUUUGGCUGAUAACUGGGUAGGGUGGACAAGCGCACAGGCCAGGCCGUUGCCAUCAAAGUGAUCGACAUAGAGAGUGCUGAAGACGAGGUCGAGGAUAUCAUCCAGGAGAUUGCCAUCCUCUCCGAACUCCAAUCGCCUUAUGUCACAAAAUACUACGGCUCCUACGCCAAGGGUGCCGAGUUAUGGAUCGUCAUGGAGUUUUGCUCUGGUGGCAGCUGCGCCGACCUGAUGAAGCCGGGCUUGAUCGGCGAGGAAUAUAUUGCCAUCAUCGUCCGAGAGCUGUUGCUCGGCCUCGAUUAUCUGCAUUCAGACAAGAAGCUACACCGAGACGUCAAAGCGGCCAAUGUCCUCCUCGCAGCGAAUGGCCAGGUGAAGCUGGCUGAUUUCGGUGUCUCCGGCCAGCUAUCGGCAACCAUGACCAAGAAGAAUACCUUCGUCGGAACCCCAUUCUGGAUGGCACCCGAGGUGAUCAAGCAGAGCGGCUACGACCACAAGGCAGACAUCUGGUCUCUGGGAAUAACCGCUUUGGAACUUGCCAAUGGCGAGCCUCCGUACGCAGAUAUUCAUCCCAUGAAGGUGCUCUUUUUGAUCCCCAAGAAUCCCCCGCCGAGGCUCGACGGGAACUUUACCAAGGCCUUCAAAGACUUCAUCGAGUUGUGUCUGCAGCGCGACCCCAAAGACCGGCCGUCAGCAAAGGAGCUGCUAAAGCACCCUUUUAUUAGAAGGGCGAAAAAGACAAGCUAUCUGACGGAGCUUAUUGAGCGGUAUAACCGGUGGGCCGUCACCCAUAAGCAGGAUGACGAAGAGACCCUAGCCGGGGACGACGAGGAUCAAUCCGAGAACAAGAAUCCCGCUGACGAGGACAUGUGGGAUUUUGGAACCGUGCGCUUGGUUGGCGACCGCGGCAACAUGAUUCAUAGGCCAGGCUUACUGAACCCCAUGGGCGAGUCGGCGACAAACGCUAGGUCGGCCAGGACAUCAGAAAGCUCAGACGACUAUGGCGAGAGGAGACGGGAGCCAAGCCCAACCAAGUACGCAGCAGAUACGCGAGACACUCUCAAAGCGUUUAGCGGGAGUGGCACGACCAGGCAGGUCUCUCCCCAAAGAAAACCGGUUCCGUCUGCAUCCGGUGCGCCCCCGUCGCCGAGCAAGGUCCCCUUGCCACCCUCGCCGCAAAAGCAGCCAUCAGGGCCCGAAACCCCCCGCGCAUCGCUCAUGUCGAAGCCCGUACCGCCGGUCCCGGGGGGCAGCUCACCAGACUACGAUCGAGUACUGCAGGAACAGCUGCAGCGAGAUAUGGGCGUGAUGAACCUGGGUUCAGCCAUUCAGAGAAGCAGCCGGGGGCAACCCGGUCUUUUCCAGCAACAGUCCCAGCCGUCGCCCUUGCACCCGGCAUCGUCUUCAUCAACCCUAGUCUCGAUGAAGAUUCCCGAGAUACCCCCGUUCCGGGGAGGCUCACAGCCUCCUCCAGGAUCUCAGAAGCCCGCAAACCAGCCACAACAGCAGCCCGCAUCUCAGCCCACGAUGCAUAACAACCCCUCCUCUUUCCGGCAGAACAUGAACAUCCCACCCCUAAUUUCCAAGGAACUUCCCCGCCCGGCAGCUAGCGGGCCCGAUGCGCCGCCGUCGUCCGCGAACCCACUUUCGUUCCCGACCCCUGCGCCCGCGAACCCGAACGGCGACCUCGACGCUCUCAACGACGUCAUAUUUCCCGCCCUCGAGGAGGCUCUCAAGCGCAGGCAGAUCAACCUGCAACAAGCGUACCGCCCGGACCAACCCGUCACGCCCAAACAGCAGCGCGCCGAGGCCGCCCACGACAAGAUCCGCAAGCUUGUGUACAAGCUCGCUCAUGUCUGCAAAGAAAUCGACCACUUUGAUAAAUCCGAGCCUGUGGGCAUGGGGAAAGAUGUGGGGACUUUUCUGGAGGGUUUGUUGGAGGAGAUUUUGGUAAGGGUUGAGCCGCUUGAUGAGGAGGCUUGAUACCCUGUCUUUGGUCGCUCGUUUGAGGUUCCUUUGUUUACGUCUUAUACUUGCUUUUAUUUGUCGGGUUGGUCCGGAAAGAGGGUCUGUGAUGGUGCGUUCUGUUGCAACACCAGAGUGAAAGGGGCCGAAAGAGGUUGAGGCUGAGUGAGGCAGGAGAGAUACCCAGAGGCAGAGAAGUUGGAGUGUUUUCAGGGUUGCGUCGAGUAUUG